AUGGGAGCUCACGUUGCUUUUCGUGAUCGACCCACAACAGCCAUAUCAAGAAGCGCUUCUACAGUAUAUUCAUCAAAGCCAAACGUGUUGUUCUGCGACGUUGAACUAAACCAUGGGGAAUCUCGUCAGUUCAGCUGCGAGAUUCCACUUCCCAUGCAUGAAUUACCUCCAUCAUUUCGUGGUCACCUUGUUAGGUAUCUCAAUCGAAUUACUGUAGCAGUUCAACACGUUCGAGCACCUAUUAAACUUAUGCAUAUACCAGUGAGGAUUAUCCCAGCGGUAGGAGUUGACGACGUACCAAAAGUCGAAAAGAAUCCAUUUUUGAUAGGAAAUAUGGCAUCAGCAACGAUAUCUCAGACUAUGAUGGCUGCUGUGGAUGAGAUAACAGCUCCCAAAAGAGCGUAUAUGUUUAGUAUGACAAAUGCAAAAGGUAAAGUUGCGACUAUGACGCUUUUCAAGAAGACUUUUCGAUUAGGAGAAGAUGUUUUGGGAAUACUCAGUUUUGAAGAUUCUGGAGUCCCGUGUGUUCAAUAUUCCGUACAUCUAGAAACUGUAGAACAGCUUGCCGAGGAUGUAGUUGGAGAACGUGGCGAAGUCAAAACGGAAGGAAUGCUUCAGGAAAACGUCGCUGUACACUCUAACGACUACGUUGUUUGUGCUUACGCAUCCGAAAGUUCAUUUCGAUUAUCAAUACCGAUGCAUGCUCCUCCAACUUUUCAUACAGACACUGUACACUUAAAAUGGAGGUUGCGGUUUGAAUUUGUUACAUCUGAACCUUUGAUCAACGUUGUUUAUGGCGAAGUGUGCAAAGCACCCAUCGACGUACCCAUCGAAACCCUGGCGUGGAAGACGGAUAUCUAUGUUCUACCCUGCAGCCCUCAAAAUGCAGCACUUACAGAUUCAUCACAUGUCGGAAAUGCCUCCAUGGUAUUAUAA